AUGCGUCCUGGACAUCAAUGGUUCAAGCUGUCCAACGUGGACAAAACCCAGACAACUCCUUCCACCGAUCAACCUCUCGGAAGCCCUACCUCAGCCUCGCCGCCUCCUUCGGUGAUACAAGCACUACCUGAAACGACUGCAGCCACAAGUGGCGAGGUACUAUCGAAGGAUGGCGACGAUGAUUACCUGGGACCCAAAGCGCUUUACAUACUCAUUUCAUCUCUCAUGCUCGUGGUCAUUAUCCUUACGCUGGACCAAUCUAUUCUUGCAACUGCCGUCCCAUACAUUACCAAUGAAUUCCAUACGAUCACCGAUAUAGGCUGGUACGGGGCAGCAUAUCUGCUUUGCACGGCUUCCUUGCAGCCGUUGACUGGGAAGAUAUACACCUAUUUCUCUCUGAAGUACUCGUUCCUCGCAUUUUUAGGAGGAUUCGAACUCGGUUCAUUGAUCUGUGCCUUGGCCAAAUCGAGUGCCAUGCUAGUAAUAGGGCGAGCAGUCGCUGGCAUGGGAGCUUCAGGCCUUAUCAACGGCGCACUCACGAUUCUUACAGUCGCAGCUCCUCCUUCCAAACGACCAACGCUCCUGGCAAUUAUUAUGGCAAUGGCCGGUGCCGGCCAAUUGUUGGGACCACUCGUCGGUGGUGCUUUGACCCAACACGUUAGUUGGCGUUGGUGUUUUUGGAUCAACUUACCCAUAGGUGGCUUGACCGCUGUGGUCAUGCUGUUGAUUCGAUUUCCCCCUUACAAGGCGCGAAAGACCAAGUGGACGUUUCGGGAUAUUGUCAACGACUUCGAUCUCCUCGGUUUCGCCGUCUUUGCUCCAUCAUGCAUUAUGCUGUUAUUGGCUCUUCAAUGGGGUGGCAUAACAUAUGCAUGGUCGUCAGCCACGUUGAUUGGAUUGAUCGGCGGGUCAGUCGGUGGGUUUUCUACUUUCGCACUGUGGGAAUACCAUCAUGGCGAAGCCGCAAUGAUACCUUUCUCGCUGGUACGCCGAAGAGUCGUAUAUAGCUCGUUGGUGACCACGAUGUGCCAAUUUGGUGGAUUGAUCCUGCAGUCAUACUACCUGCCAUUGUGGUUUCAGACAGUCAAGGGCGAUUCGCCGACCAUGAGUGCUGUUGAUACUCUGCCUACCUUUUUGACCCAGAUCCUUUUCGCAGUACUAUCCGGUGCCCUUACGCCGAGGAUUGGCUACCUCCUGCCGCUGGGCCUAUUUGGCAACACCUUUGCGUCUAUUUCGGCGGGUCUGCUGACAACUUUGCAGCCAGAUACUUCAUUGGGUAAAUGGGUUGGAUAUCAGAUUCUUGGUGGAAUGGGACGUGGCGUGUCUACCCAACAGCCGCUUCAAGCUGUACAAAGCGUGGUAACGAAAGACAUGGUACCCGUUGCAACGGCAACUCUAAUGUGGUCCCAAACCUUCGGCGGCGCAAUUCUGCUUGGACUUGGUCAGACUGCAUUUCUAAAUUUCCUGCGACACGGCCUCAAGUCAUAUGCUCCGCAGCUCAAUCCCGCCGAAGUUAUCGGUGCUGGUGCGACGAAUAUCAUCCACCAGUUGGAAGCUAAGGGCGAUUUUGUCACAGGUCAGCAAGUCUUGAGAGCAUAUAACUAUGCGAUAACACACGUCUUCUACCUCGCUAUGGGAUGUGCCAUCGCCGGAUUCUUUGCCACUAUGGGACUUGGAAAGACAAAGGUGGAGAAAAAGGCGUCUAAAAAGAAGGUAGAUGAGGAGAAAGGGGAGGAAGCACCAUCUCACGGGACGCAGAAGACCGAUGUGAGCGACGCAAAUAGCACGACAUGUUCUCCUUCUGUCCAAUCUGCGAGCGCCGAAGAUAAGGGGAUAUCUUCAGCAGUACUGAGCAAGUGA